CCAAGGAAAACUGCGUAAUAUACCAAUCACAUUUCACGAACCUGGAUGUCUACCUCGUCUACGACGGAUUGUUACAAAAUGCCAGAGUGAAAAUUCUAGGCUGGUAUGAAUAUCCAAAUCAUCCAAUUCUUAUGUUCGACUCCAAAAAUAAGCAAUCCGCCGCCACGAUUGGUGCAUUUUAUCUGUCGAGUCAUGGGAAACAUCAUUUAAUACGACAAAUUAUCCCCAUUUACCUUUCUUAUAUAUUAGUUACUCAGUUAACCAUGAUUUAAACAGAAACAAUCCGGGUACGCAGGGUUGGCUCCGUUUUGCACAAUUUCCACCAUUUUCAACAUCGUUCUACAAGGAAAGUUGAGAGUGCAAUGGACGCUUUAUGAUGGUGAAAAGAUUAUCGCUUGCAAAACUCUCAACUAUACCGUUUCAAGAAAUCGUGUCCAUGUUGUUUCUUGAUGACUGGCUAUGGACGCUAUCAUAAUUAACAAUAUGCAUUUAACAG